GUACAAAGACUAUUUCUUCAUCAUCGGGAAUAAAUUUCCAAAAUCGCGUGUUCUACAGAAACUAUCCCAAAACAUUGUGUUAAUCAUUAAGACAACAAAAAGUGAAAAACCAUCCAACUUCAGAAGCUAACACUUCUCUGUAUCGUAAAUUUGUGCAUUGAAGAAGAUGCAUUACAUGGGUUUGUUUAGUAGAGCUGGAAACAUUUUUAGGCAGCCUAGAGCGUUGCAGGCCUCAAACGCUAUGUUACAGGGCAAUCUUUCAUUAACUCCAUCCAAACUCUUUGUUGGAGGUCUCUCACCAGCUACUGAUGUGGAGCUCUUGAAAGAAGCUUUUGGCAGUUUUGGAAAAAUUGUUGAUGCGGUAGUGGUUUUGGACCGUGAAAGUGGUUUGUCAAGGGGCUUUGGUUUCGUAACAUAUGAUUCGAUCGAAGAUGCUAAUAACGCAAUGCAAUGUAUGCAUAAUAAGGAGCUUGAUGGGCGAAUAAUUGGAGUGAAUCCAGCUGAUUCAGGAGGUGGCGGUGGCAGUGGAGGUGGUGGUGGUUUUGCAAGAAGGGGAGGUUAUGGUGGUGGUCGUGGGGGAUAUGCUCGUGGUGGAUUUGGUCGCGGUGGAUUUGGUGGUGGUGGCUAUGGCUUUGUUCGUUAACUGGGCAUCCAGAAAUGUCUACCACCAAGAUUGAUUAGUCUGUGGUUUAAUUUUCUCUUCACAAAGACCACUAUUUUGUUAUAACAAUGCUCUUGAUGUUUGAACAAACAUAUCAAGCGGCU